AGAAACAUUGACUGUGACUGGCAAUGGUGACAUCAAAGGCUACAUGUCAGCAGUCCCGCGAGGCGAUGAAUGGAGUAGCAAUGCUUGGAAUAGGGAGAUCGCUGAUUAGAUGAGAUUGGUGUUCGGCAUUUGCCGGUUUCUUUCUCGUUCGCGCGCUCAUGUCCUCACCAUUCUACGAGGUCGCACUCUUCGGAGAAUUCUUCUCUAAAGACCUCAAGGCAAUACUGAAUCGAAUCACUCUACACUCGGAACACGCUGCGCCCCUGCACCUCCGAGAGGUCGUCUUCGAGCCAUUCGACGCAAGCCAUCUUGCGGGUGCCGACCCCGUACUUCUUCGUGCGCGACGCGAUCUAACGGAUCCUGAUCCUUCAGCGGGAUGGGUGCUAUACUCCUACUUGAAGCCAGAGAGUGUACGUGCCCACCCGGAGGCAACGGUGCGCCCUUGGGCUACAUGUGAAGUGGUAGGCGACGCAUUAAGCUUCGCGGCGACAUUGGGAUACGUGCGACGGUCGCAGAUCUACAAGCGAGGCUAUUCAUUCCGCAGGGGGCCUCUGGUCAUUCAGAUGUUCCAGCAGGAACAAGUGGAUCCAAAAACUGAGAAACCCAUCCCGGCACAUGCUGAUACCCUCUGGGAGGUGGAAGUCAAAUCCGCAUCUCCAACACGCAACACGCAGGAAACGCCGAUCCGUCUCGUGGUGAACGCGGUCGUGGAGGUUCAGAUCUUGAUGAAAGGUCUACUCGAUCUACGCAGGCAGGACAUCUAAGGAUUGUCGGAAUCCAACUCUCCCCAAUCUAUGUCUUCCUCGUGACCCUCGUCCCCCUCUGGCAUCCAAUUUGCAUCUCCUCGUACUGAACGCAUGAGUUCCAAGAGCGCGGCGGGACUGAUUUCCUGCUCGUCGCCGUCGGAAUCCAGUAAUUCCGUUGCGUCUAGGUCUUCGUCGCCGUCUUCGCUCCCAGAAUAUUUUCCCAACAUGUCGAGUGCAUUGCGUUUGCUUUCCGGCUUUGGUACCAGG